CUACCGAAGGUACGACGUCGUCAGGUUUGCGCAGGCGGUCUUUCGAAAUGGUAUUUUUAGAGAUGCGAGUCGCUGGCCGCUAGAAACGACGGUAGUCAAGUAUCGCCGUUGACUCUCGAGAAACCGAACCCACGAAUUUCACGACCUUUCGAUUGACCAUUGGCAAAUUACCGAAGCAUCCGUGUAGUUGUCACUCUGGUAAGUGGAAAAUUGAAACAAUGGGUGCGACGAGUAGCAGCAGCGGCACACGAUCGCCCACUUUGAUCUCCACGAGCCAACAUGAAGCGGAAACAUUUUCGUGUCCCCGAGACUCUCACCUCACGAGCGACAUCGGGAGACAAAGAACGCGCGUCGGGACGAGCGUCUGCGACGGGGAGGAUGAGCCACGGUCAUCGCAGGGUCCGAGCCCCUAUACGACCUUGAGGGCGGAUGAAUUCUGGGGUCAGAGGCCAACUGCGCCGAGUCUAUCGAGCAUGGUACCGCCUAAACGCGAGACUUCGUUAACGUAUGCCACGCAAAUGACAGGUUGGCAGCCCGCCGAUGGUCACGGUCCCCCGACGUAUCAACAGAAUAACGAAGUAAUGGAGCUCUCGCGAGUGAUUUCACAGCUGGCCAUGGCCAAUCAUCAAUUAGCGAGCGCGCACAACGCAACAUUGGCGCGUAUGGAGGCCUUGUACCUGGAACUGUCGAAGGAACGGGAAUACCGGAAGCGUGUGAUUCCGACGGACACCGCGGAGAUGUGCGACGACAUUCUCAGUAGGAGACUGCGGGAGGAACCGGAAGAGGCAAUUGUCGGGAGAGAAGACACGCGAAAAUUGGAGCAACGCGUCGUCAAACUGGAGAGUCUGCUGGCGACGAGUUACGCACGACAAUGCAACAAACAGAGAGAUUCACAUGAAGACGACAGACUGCGCGUCAGAAUCGAGAGGCUGGAAAGCUUGACGAAAACGAAAGACACAAAAGACGACGAGCGUUCGUGGUCCAAGGAGUCGUCUUACGACUCGCCGGAACAGCGAACGAGUCGCGUCAACGAACGAGAUGCAAUUAGCGAACUGCUCGAUGAUUGCGACGAGGAUUUGGGAGCGACGAAGGAAGGAACAGACGCUCGUAGAUGUUGCAAUGUUUGCUCCAACAAUGGCGAGACGAAUGUUCCUAGAAUAGACGAAAGCAGACGUUCCACGAACGUAGACUUAGAUAAACUGCGCAGAAGACGCACAAGAUCGAGGAGCGAUGAGCAGGAUUCGAUGAAGAGUUCGACGGGCGAGGAGGUACUUAGGUUGUCGGAGGAUAUCGAAAGACUGAAGGUCGAUCGAUUAGAAUGUCAAAGUGCGAAUGAGAGGCUGCUGAGCAGUCUGACUGAUCAGAAGAAUCUGGUGGAGAAGUUGAGCGGGGAUUACGAGGAAUUGAAAGCGCGAUAUGUGACCGUCGAGGCUAAUUUGCACGAACACAGACAGCAGUACGACAAAUUGAUGGAACACCUGGACUCCGCCAAGAGCGAGAUCGGCAGAUUAUUGGGUGAAAUCGAUGAUUUCCAGUCGCAGAAAAACAUUGCUGAUACGAGAAUCUUAGUUUUGGAGCAAAACCUGCAGCAAUCGCUGCUUGAGACGGAGCGGAUCAAGAACGCGGAGAAUCAAAAGAUCUCGAGGCUGCGGGAACAAUUGACCGAAGAGGUCACGGACAAGAAGAAGCAGAUUGAGGCUCUCGAGGACGCUUUGAGGGAGAUUCAAAGACUGAAGGAAACUGUCAAGACUGAGAGGAGAAACGAGGAGAACAACGAGGCUGCUCAAGAGGAAGAGGACAUUGAUAUGAUGAAUUUGAUGGAAGACUCGCCGGAAAGUGUAUCAGAUGCACAGCGUGCAGCUAGUCUGGAAGAAUUUAAGAAGGAGAUUACCCUGAAGAGGGAAGCUAGACAGAGGGCUAUCGCUGCGGUCUCGUCCGAAAUGGAGAGACUCAAGCGUGAACUGAACGCCGAGAAGGAAGCUCAUACCAAAACGUCCGGCAUGUUGGCUUUGUUGCGUUCCGCUCAUAAUAACUCGCCUAAUGUCGAACUCUCAAGCGAUGGUUUCACGAAGUCCACGACAAAAGAACAAGACGAGUGCAUACACGACGAGACCGAGAAAGCAUCGAGACGCGCGGAAGCGCAACGAUUGAUGAAUACUUUGAAGGUCUCCGACGUGCUGAGAAAUGACAUACGAUACCAAAUCGAGAAGGUGGACGACCUUCGUUACCACCUAGAGUCCGAUCCGGAGCGCCACCGUCAUCGUAUUCACUCUUUGAUGGAAGUGAACAGUAGAACGCGCGAGUCUCUAAGAGCACGCGAACGUCAGACCAACGAGCUCAAAGACCAGCUCGCUCAGCUCCUGGUUAGGCUGGGCGACCGGAGUUUCCUGGAAGUGAGAGACGACGUGGGAACGGAGUGCAACCGGCAACUGGAGAACAUCAACGCCCUCAAGACUCUCUACAAUGAGAGACUGAGAGUUUUGAGCGAGCUAAGAGACACCGCGGCCAGGGAAUUGACGGAUACGAGACAGAAGUUGGAGUAUUCGCUGAAGAAAUCUGAGAACCUGGAAGAGGAGCUCAAGAAAGCCGAAGAUAAGGUCGACACUCAAGGAUCGGAGAUUACGAAUCUGGAGUCCCAAUUGGGACUGACCAAGGCAGACUGCAGGGAUCUCCAGAAUCAGAUGUCACUCAUUAAUGGAUUGUUCACGCAGAUGUUGCUCGGUGCUUCCUCCGCGGACAUGGAUCUCGAUCGGUUGACUCAGCUGCUGCAGGAGAAUCACGAUCUCAUAAGCGACAUAGCUAGGGAGGAGAGUACCGAGGCAGCAGCUUUGCCAAAACUUCUCUUGGACUUGGUCGAGCAAGUCGAGGGUGGAAAAGCGUCACAGAGACACGCGGCUGGGGAGAACGGCACAGAAAGCAACAGCGAGGUCGACAGGAAGGAAGAUGAUUUGCAGGAGGAAGAUAUCGCCCACAACUUGCCGAAGGUGUGGCGAGUUUUAUUGGAGCUACUUAGCUGCCACGCGGUGACCUCUCCGAGUGUUUCCGUAGCCUCCUGCUCGGACCCGAACAGCUGUUACAAAUCUGUGGAUACUCCGGCCGGCCCGAGACUGGUGAUAUCCGUCAGCAAAACGUACAUUCGACUGAAGGAGUUGAUACUCGAGAAGAAACAUUUGGAGAAGGAGAUGAAUCGCAUGAAGCAGCUGAACACUCAUCUGGAAAGCAAGCUGGGUGAACAGGAGAAGAGAUUGUCCAUGGUGUCGGCCGAGUUGACGAAAACGUGGGGUGUCGUUGGCCGUAUGCAGGCGCAGCAUCAGCAAUUGCACACGCACGAGGAGAUACUGAGGUACGAGCUGCAACAGAAGAGAAAGAUGUUGCAGGAGUUGAAGCAGGAGCUGGAGUACUGCAGAGAAAAGUGGGAAUCGGCUAGGCAGAAAAAUACGAAUACCGAGCUGGAGUGGAGGAACUUGCGUCGCGAGUUUGCGGCGCGGAAGGCUUUAGCUGCCCAUGAUUCUUUCAACAGCGCCGAAAGUGGCUUCAGUGACGAGAGAGGCGAUGACACAGACGAAGAAGAAGAGGCGGUCGAAGGAAGAAUUAGACACGGUCCACGUAGGCGAACGCGAAAGGAGAGCCCCAGAGCGCCAACAUCAGACACAGAAUCUGAGCAGCCAACAGAUACCGAGUUAUCUGAGUCGAAAACUGGUUCUUCAGCGACUUUGGAACAACGCACCCCCACGCCAGAGACUGAAGCGGAGUUGGACGAGAUUGUUGCUGAUGCCGACUCGGAAACUGCGAACACAACAGAGCUCAUCGCAGAAAGUACGCAAGAGACGUUGGACCCUUUAGACCAGGCGCUUACCAACGUUAUACAAAAUCUUAUAAUCGACGACGGAGAAUUGAGCAAGAGCGAUUCGCAGGAAGAUUCGACGACCUCUGAAGAUUCACGCGACAAUCUCGCGCUCGAAGGCGGCUGCAACGAGGCCGACGCGAGAAACGAUCACACGACAACCUUGAAAACAGACGUCCACGAUGGAAAUCCGCGAGCUCCGAGUGUCGAAUCUUGGUGUUCGUUACCAGCCCCGAAAACACUGAGACGAACGUCCACGAGUAACGAUCUGCCCUCGGCGAUGGAUUACGGCGACACAACUGAAUCGUCGUCGAUCGAUUCGUCGGCGAGGCGGCGCGACGACGACGACGGCGACGACGGUGAGAUAACAAAAUUCAAAAGUAACCCGCCAUUAUCGCCCGUUUCUCACGUACCCACCGCGCCUACUACGAAUGCAAGCAGCGCGAUGCCUGUUUUCUCCAUCGGGCCCUUCCCCCCACCCAUCGUGUCGUCUAUAAAGAGUGUGCAGUUCAGCAAUCCACUGAUCGUGGGCCCGUCUAAUCGUCUCUUUGCCCCAGUGUUUGGCGCGGCCAUAACGGAAUUGGAAAACCCGACGAGUAACUUCGUCGCGUCGACCGAUCGAUCGGCUUCAAGUCAGAACGAAGACCCGGCGGGGUACAAGGAACAGCGACCUAAACUAACAGAGAACGUCAUGGACUCCGACAAUGUUUCCGUGGAUUCCUCUUCGAGUCUGGACACUGUCAGGGAAUUCCCUAUAAUUGAUCGUUCUGCACUCUCGUCCACCUCGCCGGCGAAGGAAGAGCCGCAGGCAAGCGCGUCGAGUUCGCAGAAGGAAGCCACGGUCACCUCAACUAAAUCCCGGACUCCAGAGGAGGUGUUGGCGGCGCGAGCCGAUCGACUGAAGCGUUUGGAGGAGCAAGCCGAUUGGCUGGUGAAGAAAAUGAACGCCACGAGUAAACGAGGCUCCGCUCUCUGCUCCAGACUGGAGGAACUUCACGAGACUUAUGGUGAACCGCCGGUCCCACCGCCCAUGCCAGACGUUUUGCCCAGCCGUAGGUUGCCCUCCAGUCUGCCCGAUCUACCCCGUCAGGUAUCGGAACCAUCAUCCACCGACGACACCCGGAAUACUGAAGUUGAAAACUCGAACGCUGCGAGAGACGAGACGUCAUCGGCAAACGCGAACACACCAUGACGCGCUCACAAUUCUCCGCUCGCAAGGACUGCUAUUUUAGUCAACAUUUUGUUUAUAUUAUUCGGCGAGACGGAGUUGAAGUUCUGCGUACGCGAGACACGUGUAUCUGUCUAUGUUUAUUUUGCGAGACGCAAACAUUUCUCUUUGUCUCGUUCAAUGUCACUUAUCGUAAUAUCGAUUUACGCGCAUCACGUGUAUUGCCCUUCCUUCUCGAUGUAUCUUUCGACUUUAAUUUUAAUACCUUUUUAACAUCAAAAACUUGUUAUCAAUAUAUUCGCUACCAGCGUCACACUCCUGCUUAAAAUAUUUGACAGAAAACGAUUGGAUAAGAUUAAAAUGGAUAGAAUUCCUAUAUUGAUUUAUACGACUUAUCAUGCACCGAAGCCGUACAACAUAGACUUUCUAUAUAUUUUAAUCAUAUUCUAUGAUACUAUUCUUUUCAAUCAUCUUGAAUAUUGAUGUUUGUAUAAUAAAUUGAUAUUUCUGAAUCAUAGUAAAUAUCGCAUUAUGUAUUUAUUAUUAUCUUAUA